UUGUUGACCCUCCAAGCGAUACAACAAAAAGAGAUGACGGUAAACGCAUUCGCAGCCAAGCUGAACCAAUUAGGUUUAAUCGCAUUCGACCAUACUGAUCAUCAUAGAGACAAUGUUUUGAGAGCCGCAUUCCUAGGAGGAUUAAAUGAAAAUAUCAGAAGAGAGGUUCAGAGAGCGAAGCCAAAAACCUACAGGGAGGCUGUCGAGGCAGCAAGAUUCGAAGAAGGCAUACUACGGAGAGAAACGCAAGAAGACGUUUUAAUCAACGCACUCAACAAGGCCCUAACCCCAUUUACUCAACAGCUAGAAAACACCGAAAGAUCGCUCCGCAACAUGGAAAAUAAUCCUUGGCGAGAAACGAGAGAACCUAAAAACGAAAAUUUUACCCGGGGAUUCGGUCGGAGACCCUUUAACGGGAGAAGAAAUGGCUUCUACCCCAAAAAUCAUACAAAUUCUUACCGUGGCUACCAACCUAACGCUUAUAACCGUGAGAGGCAUGACGCUAACCAAUUUAACAACAACACUAUUCCCAACUUCCAAAGACUCCCUAACCCUAACCCUAGAGGAUUUACUAAUGAGGAUAGUAGAGGGGGAUUCCAACGUAAUGAAAGGUUCAACGGCGGCAACCGAGGAGGAAGAUUCAGAAGAGCAGUGAAUGCUCUAGUCUCUCCAUUAAUGCUAGUAGCUAUGAUAAGCGUCAUGAUGACGUCUUUCCUGCCGACAAGCGGAGCAUACCAAUUAUGCACCCGAGCAAAAGGAGGAAUUCUGCUAGUCCCGCCCCAAACGAAGAAAUGCGAACAGAUUCAACCCGCCCAUCU